CGCUCUAGUCCGGGGAUCGGGCUCGCCCUGCAGCGGGCUCACCAUGGCGCGCCGGGCGGUGUUCGCGCUGCUGCUCUGCUGUCUGCUGGGCGCGGCGCUGUCGGACCAGGAUGAUUUUGAUUUAUCGGAUGCCGUGGAUGAUUUCAAGAAACCCAUGGUAACCACCAAAAAGCCCAGUUCUGGUGAUGACUUCAGCUUAGAAGAUGGCUUGGGUGAUGGGGGACACAUGACUCCUGCUCCACCGAAACCAAAACCUAAUCCACAGCCCAACCAUCCUGGAACUUCUGGUGGAUUUUCAGAUUCUGACCUCUUCGAUGCCACAUCCGGCGGAGCCGGAGGUGGAGGUGGAGGUGGAGGUGGUGGUGGUGGUGGCGGCGGUGCUGAUGAUGGAGGAAAUUCGAGGAGUGACGAGGGGGGACAGACCGAGCCUCAAGGGGUGAUCCCUGGUAUCAUCGGGGCCAUUGUGGUGGCUGUGGCCGGAGCCAUUUCGAGCUUUAUUGCCUACCAGAAAAAGAAGUUUUGUUUCAAAGAAAACGCUGAGCAAGGAGACAUCAACAUGGAGAACCAUCAGAACAUCAAAACAGAGCCACCAGUUCAACAGACUCUUCUCGCGAAAUAGACGAGCAGCCAGAUGCCAGAGCAGCCAGGGUGGGUGCCGCGCCUCCAAAGAAUGCCUGCCGGAGGGCGGGGCCCGCCACACCUGCACCGGCCGCCAGGAACCACCCCUGCCUGCACCAGCCUCGCCUUUGCUCCAGUUGGACUCUGGGUUUUCAUCUUGACAUGCGGUUUGCCUGUCCCUGUCCUGGGUGGACGAUGUUGACUCAGAGUGGGUUUUGCAGCCACAGGAAAUUUACCCUCACUUUCUGCAAGGCCCUCAGGGGCUCCCCAGCGAUGCGAGACACCGCCCAUCGCCAAGGCUCCGUCAGGCAAAUUUCAGAAACCCGGAGCCAUCGACAAAGGUCAUGCCAAUCAGUCAUAUCUGAAACUUCCCUCGCACUUGAAAAAUCAGUAUUUUACCCAGCGAGGGAAGGCUUCAACCCCUUUCCUCCAAAUUUCCGUCGUUUCUUAGGAUAUUUUUACACCCGAUGAAUAAAAAGGAAUUAGAAACCACAUGCUUUUUAUUGAACUGUUUUGCUAGGGGGUAGCUUUUAAGGAAAAUCUCUGGAGACUAGUGGGUCAAACCCCAUAGUCCCUAUUCUGGGGCUGUAAGAAAAAUGACCAGCCGAAGUGCUUGCUCAUAAUUCUGGUUUUGUUUUGUUUUUAAUUUACUUGCCCUUUUUGUUAUUUUCAUGUGUCUUGUAAUGUCCAGGACAAGUGCUUCUCUGCAUUGAGAUCCUCCCCUGGAUUCAUAUAUACGUCCCUGCAUUUAGAUUCUCCUCUAUGCCAAUACCCCCCCUGCCUGCAGAUACUCCCCAGCAUUCAGAUACUCCCCCUACAUUUAUAUGCGCUCCCUGUAUUCAGACACUCUGUCUGAAUUCAGAUACUCCUCUGCAUUCAGAUACUCUGCUACAUUCAGAUACUCCCGUGCACUGACAUACUUCCCUGCAUUCAGGUUCUCCUUCAUGCAAAUACUCCUCCUGCAUGCAGACACUCUCCUGCCUUCAGAUACUGCCCUGCAUGUAGAUACUCCCCUGCAUGCAGACACUCCCCACGCACCAGCUACUUCCCCUGCAUGUGGAUACUC